AUGAGGACACUCAGAUUCAGGACCUGCGCGGAGGUGCUGGAGAAGAAUCUGUUUUCUUUAGAUUGCAUGCUACGACCGGCAUUGUUUGCUGUCCGCGCUUUUGGGCUCAAGCUCGGCGGAUGGCACAUCUUGGCAGCCACGGGGGAGGCUACCCUCUCUCUGCAAUCCAAAAAGCUUGUGGGAACUCCUUGCGAGAGUUCCUUCACUGCAGCGGAUUCGCAGGAGGCCAAAUCGGGAAGCGUCGUCGAUGUGUGUGCAUGCACAGCUAGAGGGCUAGAAAAGCGCUUGGGGCACGAUCCGCUGGGUGUUGGGGCUCGACGGCACCACUGGAGCCCAGGGGGAUUAGAGGGAGUGGUUUCCUACACCGAGAAGGCGACAACCCGCAUGCAGUGCAGGAAGCUCAUAAAGUUUAUUCGCGUGGCAGAGUACAUCUUCGAUGCGGCAUUGAUCGACUUUGCCAGGAUAGCUACCAAAAGAAUUAUUGAGGGGCUCGUACGCCAAGAUGGCUUGCGGGGCCGAGCAGCAGCAACACUGGGCGCCGCGCUGCAGCCGACGCCGGACAAGGCUCUUUUAGUGGUUCAGCUGAACUUGGCAAAGACUGGCAUCACCAUUUCCCCCUCGAACACUAACGCAUUGGAAGUUGCUGGGGGUGCGUGCAGCCGCACCCUCACAGGGUGGCAGCGAGACGCCGAGGCGGUGGGAGCUGCACAACCUCAGCUUCCGCGGGGUCUCUUUUGCCUGGACAUCUCCAAGCUACAGAAGACCCUCCUGCCCUCCCUCAAGAGAGCGAUGGGAAUGAUCCAAGCGUACCUCCCUCAGCUGGCGAAUAACAGCAUGACACGGCUCCUCCAGGAAAUAUCUGCAACAAAUGCAAAGCUCACUACCGUCCCCGAAGAUAUAAACGCAGUAGGCCCAAACGCGCACGAGUGUUGGGAACUUCGGUUUUACGUAGAGUUUAACUGCUUGAUAGCUGAAACCCGCAAGACGACCUUUCCGGCCAUUGAGGCGAGCUCCCUCCGUGUCUCAGAGAUUUUGGACCUCCUGAAAAGAUCAUCCUUGAGAAUCGAAGCAGCCACAAAAGCCCUUUUCGUUGAACUCUCACAAGGACUGGCUGCACUACGUACUCAGAUACAGUUCGCCUCUUAUGCCGUAGAAAACAGCACGAAACGGUUUCAGGAGGAACUGCAGGCGGCAGUGCCAUCGACGAAAGCAAAAGUGGCAGAGCUGCAGCAACAAAUAGAUGACCCCAAGCUCUAUGAUGCAGCCACGGAGACAGAAGAGGCUCAGGCUCGCCUCCUCGCCAUGAAGAAGCAAGUCGAAGAUGUUGCAGCGGAUGUCGACAGAUGUAAACGCUGUGAAGAUAUUCUGAGGGUGGACACAACCUCAUUUGAAGGCUUCGAAGAGAUCGUGCAGAUCACGGAGGCCCUAGAAAAAUGUAUCCAGCUAAAGUGUGACUGGAUAGAAUUUGACGGUGCAGUUGGAAAAGAAUUAUUCUGGCAAGCAGACAUUAGAAAAAUACAGGAAACUGCUCAGACAUUGUCGUCUGACGCGACUGCUGAGGAGGCACUUGCAAGCUUGCUGCUCGCUGUGCGACGCACCUGGGAGUCACUACAGCUGCCGCUUGCCACUCAGAGAGUGUCUAAGGACAAAAUCACCAUUCUUGGUAGUUUGGAUGACGUGAUCGCUACCUUGGAAGACUCCCUUGUCAGCGUGAAUACCAUUGCAGGUUCCCGUUUCGGUUCCUUUAUUCGGAGCGAAAUACAGGACUUACAGCGGGAGCUCACGAUUGUGCAAGACACUCUGGAGGACUGGAUGGCGCUACAGACGAACUGGAUAUCUCUUCAGGCGCUCUUUGCAUCUCCUGACAUAAGAAAGCAGUUGCCCUGCGAAGCUUCGAAGUUUGCCGCGGUAGAUACUCAAUGGCGGGCUAUAUGUACCGAGUUGCAGGAUUACAACAUCUGCCUCGCUGUGUGCACAAAGGAGGGGAGACUUCAAGCACUUAAGGAUAUGAAUGCACGCCUCGAUGAGGUAAAACGUGGACUUGAGGACUACCUUCAGAGCAAGCGUGAGCUUUUCCCGCGUUUCUACUUCCUUUCCAAUGGGGAGCUGCUGGAGCUAGUCAGCCAAGGGAGACAGUUAAAUGCCGUUGAAACUAUCGUCAGAAAAUGUUUUGCAAACCUUCACAGCCUCUGGCAGGAAGGAGACAAGAAAAGCCCGGAUCUUGCAGCAAUUGCCCGUUUGAGCUCAGGCAUGGUGUCUGCCGAGGGGGAGCGAGUAUUGUUCCACAAAAGCUUCAAACUACGAGGCCCUGUUGAAAAGUGGCUAUCUGAAGUGGAGACUGCAAUGGUCAGGACACUGCAGAAACUUAUAAAACACAAAAAUGCUGAAGCCUACGGACACCCCAAGAAAGAUUGGAUCUUCCAAACCCCCGCACAGGUCGCCGCCUGCCUUUUGCAAGUCUUUUGGACCGUUGACGUUGAAGAAGCCCUACGAGAGGAAGAAAGGCUCCAUAGCGUGCAUAUGCAGCAGUUGCAAGAGCUGCAGCAGCUCACUGAGCUUGUGCGGUCCUCCCUCACACCCCUUGAAAGAGCAAAUGUCUCGGCACUUGCCAUCCAAACCCUUCACAAUAGAGAUGUCAUUGAGACUCUCAUCAAAGAGCGCAUCACAACUUCAGAAGCAUUUGAAUGGCAGAAACAACUGCGUCACUACUGGGAUUCCCAAAACGAGACGACAGUUGUGCACCAGCUCUCCUGUAUCUUUGAAUACGGACACGAGUACCUGGGGGCACCGCAAAGACUUGUUAUAACUCCCCUGACCGAUCGGUGCUGGCUCACAAUCACUACUGCACUUAAAGAGUUAUGCGUAAACAGCAGCAUCGCUGGUCCAGCAGGCUCAGGAAAAACGGAAUCCGUGAAGGAGCUCUCAAAGGUUCUAGCGCUCUUUUGUGUCGUACUGAAUUGUUCUGAGGCCGUCGAUCUUUAUGUCCUUGAUAAAGUUUUCGCUGGAGUUAUGGCAAGCGGGGCGUGGGCUUGUCUGGACGAGUUCAACCGGUUGGAUAUAGAAGUCUUAUCAGUGGUGGCUCAGCAGCUGCUGAACAUGCGCCACACGCUCAUGAAAGCCCAAGGAGCUGGGGAGCCUACACAUGCCGUAGUUCAGAGCAAAGAGCAAGGAGACAUGCGUGUAGCUCAUGCGACAUCUGCCCCUCCGCGAGGCUGUUUUAGCUGCGGCGUCUUUGUGACCCUAAACCCCAACUACGCGGGAAGGGCCGAGUUGCCAGAUAACCUCCAAAUGCUCUUUCGCCCCGUUUCCAUGGUCAUCCCGGACUUUGCAACGAUAGCCGAAAUCACAAUAUUCUCCGAGGGCUUCAACGAUUCGAAGCUACUCGCCAAUAAAUUCGUGAAGUUCUUCAGACUCUGUUCAGAACAACUGUCUCCUCAAGUGCACUACGACUUUGGACUUCGGGCAGCCAAAGCAGCCCUUCUGAGGGCGGGAGAACUGCGGCGCAGCGGGGCUUGCGACUCCGAAGAAGCAGCCCUGGCCCGAGCCAUCAGGGAAUCUAAUGAGCCCAAGUUUACUGCAGAGGAUCGCCCCAUCUUUUAUGCCCUCCUCGCUGACUUUUUCCCGACGGUCCCUCAAGAGGGAAGCAGAGACACAGUCCUCACGAGCGCCAUCACCGAGGCCAUGACAAACCUCGACUUAACUCCCAGGGAAGAGAACGUGCAGAUGGCGUUACACCUGCAUCAGCUACUCAAGUCCCGGCGGGGCGUGAUUUUGCUUGGAGAAGCCAUGUCAGGUAAGAGCAGUAUUAUCUCGUCUUUGGCUGCUGCACUGGCGAGCCAAAAGGCCCAGUACACUGCGCUUUCCCAGCCAGGAAACGUGAUCGAAGGGAUCGACACGGAAACUGAGCCUUUGGAAAGCAGCAGAGACACUCACGCCUCAACCGACGACUCCGACGGAGAGACAGAAGACGGUGGACCUUGCCCGAGCGAAAGCGGAGAACGCUCCGCGGAGCUCCAGGACACUGUACACUGCCGAGUGCUGAAUCCCAAGGCUCUAGAGAUCUCCGAGCUACUAGGGGAGUUCAACCCCAUGACAAAAGAAUGGAAAGAUGGUGUAUCUAGUGCCAUUUUGAGGGACUUUGCUUACAGUGAAAGCCCCGCGGCACACCAGUGGAUCCUCUUUGAUGGGCCUAUCGACUCCCUUUGGGUUGAGUGCUUAAACACCGUGUUGGACGACAAUCAAAUGCUCUGCCUUGCCAACGGCGAGCGCAUAAAGCUGACACCAUCCAUCCGUUUGUUGUUCGAAGUCUCCGACCUCUCUGCGGCUUCUCCCGCAACUGUCAGCCGCUGCGGAAUGCUCUUCGCCACGCAGCAGGCACUUCAUUGGAGAGACGUCAUGGAGUCUUGGUUUACCAGGCUGAGAGACAGGGUGUGCAAAGAGUUUAUUGAGACCCUGCGGGGGCUAUUUAACCUCUCUAUCCCGCCAUGUGAGGCCUUUCUGCAGGCGGACCGACUCACUAGGGAUGCUGAGGGCAGCUACAGCAGAAACAGCCACUGCAAACCAACAUCCGUCUCUAUUGUUUCGUCGAUCUGCCGUAUGCUGGGCGCACUACUCGAGCUUCCGGUGGACCCCUGUACCGCAGCACAGAGACAAAACAACAACAAGAACCAAAGUGACGCGAAGAGCCGCCACCUCUCCCAGCGCGCGAGUUCGGUUAACGCCGCAGCGGCGGUGUGCCUGUACACCUCGGAGCAGCUGUUGUUUUUGGCAGCCCCCUGCUUCUUUUUCUGCUUUGUUUGGACCGUUGGCGGCGGAGCCGAUCCGGGGACUCAAAAGGCAUUCUCCCGCUUUUGCGAGGACGUGUUUGACGGCCAUAUAUUGCUGCCCAAAGGCGGAGACGCAAUAGAUUUUUGCUUUAAUUUUGAGUUGUCGCCUUCUAAGAGGAAGGCUGGCCAUUGCAGGAGCUUAGCUGCGCAUACAUUCGAGGAUGAUUUCAUAGCAGACAAGCCUCCUCAGAGCCAAGAGAAUCCGAGUACCCUAAAUAGCCCAGAGGCAAUGGAAAAAGCACAGAGACUCAAGAACUACUUCGUACUCUGGGAGAAAACGAUCCCUGAAUUCAAACUCGAUCCAAGCCAAUCGUUUCACACUCUGCUCAUUCCAACCAAAGAGACAGUCCGUGCUCUCACCCUCAUGGAGAUACUCACAAGAGGAAAAGUCCCAAUUCUUCUUACAGGCCCCAGUGGGUCGGGAAAGACGGUGCUAGCUAGGGAAUCGCUGCGCAAGAGACGGGAGGGAGAAGAGUGUUUCGUCAUUACUCAGAGCUUCUCCUCCCACAUGCAGCCUGCAACUGUGCAGGCUCUAAUAGAGUCCAAACUCGAGACAAAAAGAAAAGCCAUGCUAGGACCCCCAGCCAGUCAAGAUUGUAUCGUAUGGAUAGACGAUGCCAAUUUGCCUCUUCCGGAUUUGUAUGGCUCUCAGCCCACUGCAGAGCUUCUCAGACAAAUGGAGGAAUUCAAAGGGUUCUAUGACAGAAAGCGCAUUUAUUGGAAGGGAUUGGAGCGAGUGCAAUUUGUGAUUUCUGCGGCAUCUCCUUCCACGGGAAGGCAGCCUCUCCCCUCCCGGGUUUCUCGACACUUCCACAGCCUCUUUGUUGCGGAGCCGGAUGAAAUUUCAUGCCAAAAAAUGUUUCUUGCCUUGCUUGAUACACAUUUCGCACACGUGGGAGUCAAUCCGGAGAUUCGCGUCCGUGCCAAGUCCGUUGUCAGCGCCAGCGUUGAGCUGUAUCGUCGGGUGAAGGAGACUCUACUGCCUACCCCGUCGCGGCCAGUUUAUCUCUUCAACUUCCGACACCUUAAAGGCCUUUUCCAGGGCCUCCUCACAGCAGAUGCUAAUGCUCUUACUCCAAGAAAUGCCAUCGCCAGAUUGUGGCUACACGAGGCAUCACGAAUCUUUGGAGAUCGCCUGAUGGGACCCGACGAGCGGCAGUGGUUGGAAGGAGAAAAGACGGAGAUUGUAGCUCGCAAGCUCUGCUACACGGAGGCCUCGAAUGGGGGCUUGCCAAAGGCUCCCACGAUGUGGGGAGACUGGUUUGUUCCUGGUCAGAAGGCGUACAGAGAGGCGCCUCCUCGGCAACAGUUGCUAAAGCUCCUUGAGGCGGCAAACUUGGAGGCUGUCAGCCGGUUGCAGCAGAAGGGGAGGGGUCCGGAAGCGGCUGCGGUAGCUCCACAGCAGAUUGUCUUUUUCUCAGAGAUCAUCGAGCACCUUGUGGCUCUUUGUAGGGUUCUGCAGCUUCCCCAAGGACACGCGGUGCUGCUGGGUGUGGGGGCGACGGGCAAGCAAAGCGUCGCCAGGCUCGCUGCAUGCAUUCGGGACCUAGAACUGGUAGGGAAGCCGUGGGAACGCUGGGAACUUCCAAACAAAGCACUUGUAGAGUCACGAGCUUGGUUCGCACUAAGGGUCGGUGCACCUUGGUUACCGAACAAUUCAGAAGUUCCUAAGAGAAGAGAUCUUGGCACGACUAUACAUGGGAUCGAGUUCGAAUCGGGGGGAAAAUGGGGGAUAGAACUUCAAGGUCACGCUGUUGACCCAAACACAUCGGGGACGCCUCGGCGAAACCCCCACCAGCAGAUCCCCGGGAGCAGUGUCAGCGAUCCCAAUAGUGCAAAUACUAGCAUCAGCGAUGGCACCAGUAACAGCAUGGCAAUAGAAAGGUUUCGAGAAGAGCUGAGAGCGGUCCUUUUAGGCACCGGGCUGAGCGGAGGAAAGGAGACACUGUUCCUAAUCAACGACAGCCGUAUCUCAGAGGAAGCCAUCCUCGCGGAUGUAGAUGCCAUUGCAAACAUUGGAGAGGCAAGCCUGAGGAUUAACAAUCUGUUUGAGGCAGACGCUGUAGACAGGAUCGUGUCCGAUUUGACUGCAUCUGCCGUUACUUCUGGGAUCAAGACCGCCGGCAUUCUCAACACUGAGGCGGUGCUCUCGCUGUUCAAGGAAAAUAUCCUUAACAAAUUGCGCAUUUGUCUCUGUCUCUCACCCAUUGGGGGGGCCUUGCGCCGCAGACUCAGGCUGUAUCCCGGCCUCACCAAGACCUUUGCCGUGCAGUUCUUCGAGGUGUGGGGCCCCGCUGCCCUCACAGAUGUGGCAGUACACCUCUUCUCUGCUGCUGCUCUCCAGCAGCCGCAGCUGCAUGCGCAGCAAUACGAGCAGCAACAGCAGGCAAAGAUGCGCCUCUCGGAGUUGUGUGUCGCGAUACACUGUAGUGUCGAGAAGGAGGCAGAAAUGCUCCUACAGCAACACGGGGACCGUAAUAUAGACAAGCGUGCACUACAAAUCCCUAUACAUAUAGCCUCUACAGCCUACGUCAUACUAUUCUGUGCUGAACAUGUCAUGUUUCAGCUCCUGGCAGAGCGGCGAGAUCGUCUCCGAGCGAAGCUGGAGGUCAUGAGUUCAGGCAUUGGACAGCUGGAGGCUGCGACCGCUCAAGUCAACAAACUGCAGGGCGAACUCCAGCAAUUAGAGCCAGUCCUUCAAGACAAACAAGUCAAGGCAGAGGCGUUGCUAAAGCAAGUUGAGGCAGACAAGGCCCUGGUUGAUGCCGAAAGGAAGAAGGUUAUGUUAGAGGAAGAGGUUGUGGGGGAGCAGCGAAGAGAAGCCUCUGCACUUCAAGCAGAGGCCCAGCACGAAUUUGAGGAAGCAAUGCCAGCCCUUGAGGCAGCCCUCGCGUCGCUCGACUCCCUCGACAAGAGAGAUAUAACGGAGAUAAAGUCUUUCUUCAAGCCACCGCCUCUCGUUAUGAUAACUAUGGAGGCUGUCUGCACCAUUUUAGGCGAAAAGACAGACUGGGAACAAUGCAGAAAAGUUCUCUCGGAUACAGGAUUUUUGAAUCGGCUAAUGGCUUUCGACAAAGAUCAUAUUCCUGGUGCCACCCUCAAGAAGCUCGAGAAAAUUGUUCAACGGGCUGACUUUACGCCUGAAGUGGUUGGGAAGCAGUCGGUUGCGGCAAUGUCCCUUUGCAUGUGGGUUUUGGCUAUCAACAAAUAUGCAAAGAUAUCCAAGGAGGUCGAGCCCAAGAGGAUGAAAGUAGAAGAACUUAAUAAAAAGGUUGAUGAAAUGGAAUUGGAACUGCAACAGCAGAUAAGGGAAAAGGAAUCCUUGGAACAAGAAACAAGGCUGUGUCAAACACGACUCCAAAGGGCCAGCUUCCUUACAAAGGGGCUCGCCGAGGAAGCGGUUCGUUGGAGGGACUCUCUUUCCACUGCAGCACAGCACUUGGAGUCACUGGAAGGGGACGUCCUUUUAACAGCUUCCAGCAUCAUCUACUUAGGACCCUUCACCGGCUUUUACAGAGACAGACUGCUGGAGUAUUGGCAGCAAGUGCUGCGGCAGAAGCAGCUCCCCCACAACCCAAGCUUUGACAUCCGAGAGAUAAUGUCCAACCCGAUUGAGCUGAAUGAGUGGCAUAUGCAGGGAUUGCCUGGUGAUGCGUCUUCGACAUUUAGUGGGAUUGUUGUUUCCGCUGCGCUUUCCAUCGGGAGGGUGCCCUUGGCAGUAGACCCUCAGCAGCAAGCGAAAAGGUGGCUUAAAGCAAAAGGGAAAGAGGAUGGCCUCAAAGUCGUGUCUCUCCAAACACACAAGCUCCACAACAUCCUCACGUCCUGCGUCCGACUAGGGCAGCCCCUGCUCGUAGAGGAUAUAGAGGAAGAUAUACCUCCAAUGUUUGCUGCUCUAUUGCAAUUACCUAUACGACGUCCGGUGACAUCCAGGGACCCUACAACGGUAAUGCUCGGGGGAAUGGAAAUUCAGCAGGACUCUCACUUUCGACUUAUGUUUUCCACGAAGCUUGAAAACCCGCAUUACCUCCCAGAGGUUGCAAUGCAGGUGUGCUUAGUAAACUUCUCGGUAACGCGAGAAGGGCUUGAGGCUCAACUAUUGGCGGAAGUAGUCUUGUUGGAAAACCCUGACGCCGAGCAGCAGAAGACGCAAAUACAAAUACGCAACGCCACGGACCAAAGACAGCUACAAGAACUCGAGGAGACUAUGCUGCGUCUCUUGUCGGACUCGACGGGGAACAUACUGGACGACGGGCAACUAACGGAGACGCUGCAGCAGGCUCGCAGCACUGUGGAUGGGAUUAAAGAAAGACUUCAGCAAGCAGAAUCCAUAAUGACACGGGUAGAAGAGGCCAGAGCUGCCUUCAAACCCGUCGCCUUCAGGGGCUCGUACUUGUUCUUCGUGGUGCAAGAGCUCAAGAAGCUCGACUGCAUGUACACCUCAAGUCUGAGCAUCUUUGUAGAAGCCUUCACUGGAGCCAUCAGUGCAGCCACACCCGAACAACAACGAACUCACGAAACAAACAGCAAUAGGAUACAGACACUUGUGGACUCCACCACGCAAGCUAUAUUUUCUCUUGCCAUCACUGGAAUCUUUGAGCGACACAAGCUACCGUUUGCCUUUGCCGUAGCAGCAGAGGUCCUCAAGAGAGAACAAUAUCCUGAAGCCACAGAGGUCCCUUGCGUCCCUCUUAGCUCUGAACCAUUCUACUGUCCUCCUAAAAUAAACUGCUAUGAUGCCUUGUACAUGCUUACCCUGGGGAUUUCGUUGCACGCUCCAGAGUCUAGGGAUGGUUCUGCUGAUUGUUGCCUGCCUAACCCUCUCCCGGACGUCCUAACCCAGAGGCAGUGGGAGGAGCUACACCGUCUGACGCUCCGCCUUGCGUCUCUCGAAAAACUGCCAAAUGAUUUGUUAACAAACGGAGGUGCCUGGCGGCAGUGGCUCACUAGGACAGACGUGCACAAGAGAACGCCUCCCCUAUGGAAAGAGACAGAGGCUCUUGCCAAGGUGUUCGAGACCAUGCUAAUACUGAGUGUCGUCAGAGAAGAUGCUGUUGCAGCCUUUGCCCAGGAGGUAGUGAAGGAGGUAUUGGGGCCUGCCUACGUGGAGUUUACACCGCCCUCACUAGAAGAAGUGGUGUCUCGCUGCAACAGCAAUAGACCCUUGUUGGUUCUCCUCUCUCCUGGGACCGAUCCCACGUCGUCAUUCUUCGCACUUGCCGAGCAACAAGAUCCCAAACCCCAAUUCGACUGCAUCUCGCUAGGAAGGGGGCAGGGCCCCAAAGCCUCCAGGGUCCUAGUAACGGCUUUGAGAGAAGGCGGAUGGGCGCUGCUGGAGAAUUGCCACUUGGCGCGGAGCUGGAUGUCGGAGCUACACAAAGUGAUUGAAGGAAUCGGGGCAUGUUUACAGCAGGGCUCCUUACAGCAUGUUGGUGCUCCCAGCACUGCUGCCGUGACUGACGAAGUGAAGCUCCGCGGCUGGAGGUCUUUAAAGCUAGCACUGCUUAUUUUCCACGCCGUAGCACAGGAGCGCAGCUCCUUUGGCUCCAUCGGUUGGAACAUUCCAUAUCGCUUUGGCUCCGCUGACCUUUGGGCCUCCCUGACCCUCUUGAAGUGUAUCUUUAACUCAGUAGGAGGGUCCCCAGAGCUGGUCAUGGGUCCCCUGCGCCGGCUGAUGUGCGAAGUCACAUACGGAGGCCGGGUAACAGAUGCAUGGGAUGAAAAAUGUCUCAAAUGUAUGACUGAGGCCAUCCUCCAAGAAAACAUUCUCUACGACCAGCACGCGCUAGCAAACCGAGGUUUUGGGGUCGUGCCAUUUGGAGAGGACGAUGCAACAGUUGCGGCAUUCGUUCACUCUAGGUUUGACCAAUCCACUGAGAUGUUUGGCCUUCCGGCCUCUGCCACAAUUCGGCUGGAAAGAGCGCAAGGCGAGGAGCUCCUGCAGUGCCUACAGGGCAUGCAGAUCAAAUGGCCACUUCAGCUUCUAGCUCUACCGGCCUCUCCCCCGCUCCGCUGUACCUGCUCUGUCCCUGCUUUUGAUGCCACUGCACUUAGGGAGGCCCCUGGGGUGUUCGGAGCGGCAAUCGAACAACUCGUGCUCCAACAGGCAGAUAUUCUACUCCAGCGCCUCUCUGGCUGCCUUUCUGGAGGCCUGGCUCCCCCAGUCCCGGACGUUUCAAGUGCGAUCGCUGCAGCGAGGGACGAAGAACCAGCUCUCCCAGAAGGGAGUCACAUGAAACAAGAGGACACCCUACAGGAUUCAUUGGGUGUUUUCUUCUCUCAAGAGGUGGCCCGUUUCUCCCAGCUACUGAGCCUUGUCUGCCGAACCUUGGAGCAGUUAAAACUUGCUAUCAGGGGCUUUGUAGCUUUCUCCCCAGAGACAGACUCCAUCUUUGAGGCCCUCAGGAAGAACCAGGUACCUUCCCCAUGGGCAGCAGCCGCGUAUCCCUCCCUCAGGCCCCUGGCAAGUUGGGCAGACGACUUGGAAAGGCGUGUGUCUGUUGUUUCGCGCUAUUCUUCUGAGGGAACGAGCAUCCACUGGAGCUCUGAGUCCGGUGGGGCACCGCCCUCUUACUGGUUGCCUGGAUUCUAUUAUCCUCGUGGAUUUAUGGCUGCAGUAGUGCAGCGCGCUGCGAGGCAGCAACGUGUGGCUGUCGACAUGCUGCAUAUUACAUUUGCGUUUAUGGCAUCUAACGAUCCCUCGCUCCUGAAGCCCGCCCCAAUCGCAGAAGCAUCUGGAGUGUGUGUACACGGAUUGUUGCUAGAAGGAGGGGCCUGGGACUACGAGUUGGGCCUGCUUUCUGAGGAACUCGUGUCUCAGUUAAUCCAGCCCUUUCCCUGCUGGUGCCACAGUGUCAGCAUUCGUAAGCUUCUGGGUGGCCGAAAACAUUGCGCUAUUGUUCCUACUGCUGCGUUUGCUGUGCCAGGCGGCUGCGUGACUUCCGUGCCAUUGCCGACCACAGAGCCCCCUGCCAAGUGGACAUUGCGGGGUACUGCGCUACUGUGCGAAGCCAGGGAGUGA